AAACUCAAUAAAGAUUAUGCUAUCUACCUUACUAUCAAUCAGAUUUUUAGUAGAUUAGGAAACAUGAACGUGUUAGUUAUGUUAACAAGUUACUCAUAAUUUAGUAGUUUUAAAGUAGUUAGCUACAACCAAACUAUCUUUUUAUAAACAUAGUUAGCAACAAUCAAGCUACCCUUUUAGUUUACUACUGUCAAUCUAUCAUUAUGAAGACAUAGUUACCGUCAAGCUAUCUUAAAAAAAAAAAAAAGUUAGCUAGAGUCAAGCUAUCUGAAUCAUCCCGAAGUUAUGUCUUCCUUAUAUGGGAGACAUUUAAUGCAGCUCAGGAUCUUCUUCUUUGGGAAUCAAAUGAAUCAGUGAAUAGAUAUAGCCUUUUUUUUUAUCAUGCUAGACCACUACUCUUUAAAAAAAAAAAAAAAAAAAAAAAGUAGAUUGUUAGAUUGUAGAUGCAUUCUAUGUUCCAUGUUUCUUAACUCUUCCCAUUACAUGGCUGAAGCAGACCUUCGCAGAGGCUGAUAAGAAUGGAGACGGCUGCCUCAGCAUCAGUGAAGUCCUACAGCUCCUGCACAAGCUCAAUGUCAACCUGCCCAGACAAAAAGUCAAACAGAUGUUUAAGGAGGCAGACACCGAUGACAACCAAGGCACUUUGGGAUUUGAGGAGUUCUGCUCUUUCUAUAAGAUGAUGUCGACGCGGCGUGAUCUCUACCUGCUGAUGCUCACCUACAGCAACCAUAAAGACUACCUAGAUACAGAUGACAUCAAACGCUUCCUUGAGACUGAACAAAAGAUGACAAGUGUCUCAAAAGAGCACUGCCUCGAAAUUGUGUCCAAGUUUGAGCCUUGUCCUGAAAACCAGACACUGGGUGUUCUGGGUAUUGACGGUUUUACAAAUUACAUGCGCAGUCCUGCUGGGGACAUCUUCAACCCAGAGCAUUACGAGGUAAACCAGGACAUGACGCAGCCCCUCAGUAACUAUUUCGUUGCCUCCUCCCACAACACCUACCUGAUGGGCGACCAGCUCAUGUCCCAGUCUCGGGUGGAUAUGUACGCCUGGGUGCUGCAGGCCGGCUGCAGAUGUGUGGAAGUGGAUUGCUGGGAUGGACAGGAUGGAGAACCAAUCGUACAUCAUGGCUACACACUGACAUCCAAAAUCCUUUUUAAAGAUGUUAUUGAGACCAUCAACAAAUAUGCAUUCAUCAAAAACCAGUAUCCAGUGAUUCUGUCCAUUGAGAAUCACUGCAGUGUCCCUCAGCAGAAGAAGAUGGCUCAGUAUCUGACUGAAGUGUUUGGUGAUAAACUGGACACAUCCUCCAUCCCCACAGACCCAUCUGGACUUCUGCCUUCACCUGAAGCCCUAAAAGGCAAAAUACUCAUCAAGGGUAAAAAACUGUCAGCAAAUAUAGAUGAGAAUGCAGAGGAGGGGGACGUGUCUGAUGAAGACAGUGCAGAUGAGAUGGAAGACGACUGUAAGCUGAUGAAUGGAGAUACAUCUAUGAACAGGAAGCAGGCAGAAAAUGUUGCAAAGAAAAAAUUAGAUAACCUCAUGAAGGAGUCAAAGAUUCGUGACCGGGAAGAUCCAGACAGCUUUACCAUCGCAUCCCUGCCGCCCACAGGAAAACAUGACAAAUCACCGCUGAAGGGAAAAGCAGAAGACAGUACUGACACUGGAGAUGAGGCCAACGUUGGUGGCAACAAACGUCUGGCUAAAUCUUUCAUGGGAAGCUUUUCCAAACGCAAGAAAAAGACGAGUAAACUGAGAAAAUCCUCCAGUUUUGAGGAUACAGACACAGAUCAGGAGAGCUCGAGUGGGGCCUCUAAAGCACCAGUGCAUCACAGCAGAAAGAAAAAAACCAUGAAGUUGUCAAGAGCACUUUCUGAUCUGGUAUACACAAAAUCUGUGGGCACACCAGACUUUGAGGCACAAGUGGGCAGCUGCAGUUGGCAGGUGUCGUCGAUGAGCGAGACCAAGGCCCAUCAGUUAAUUCAGCAGAAGCCGGUGCAGUUCAUCCGAUUCAACCAGCGCCAACUCUCCCGCAUCUACCCCUCCCCUUAUCGUGUGGACUCCAGCAACUUCAACCCACAGCCCUUCUGGAACGCUGGCUGCCAUCUGGUUGCUUUGAACUACCAGUCAGAGGGCAGAGUGCUACAGCUCAACAGAGCCAAGUUUAAUUGCAAUGGCAACUGUGGUUACAUCCAGAAACCUGCCUGUAUGUGUGAAGGUUCUUUUAAUCCAAUGGCCGAGGAUCCUUUACCAGGUCGAUUGAAAAAACAAUUGAUUCUUAAGGUCAUCAGUGGCCAGCAAUUACCCAAACCCAAAGACUCCAUGCUGGGUGACCGAGGAGAGAUAAUUGACCCAUUUGUGGAAGUGGAGAUUAUUGGUCUACCAGUGGAUUGCUGCAAAGAGCAAACCAGAGUGGUUGAUGACAAUGGAUUUAAUCCUAUGUGGGAGGAGACGCUCGUCUUCACUCUUCACAUGCCAGAGAUUGCUCUUAUACGCUUCCUGGUUUGGGAUCAUGACCCGAUUGGCCAAGAUUUUAUUGGCCAGAGGACCAUUGCCUUUAACAGCAUGAUUCCAGGUUACCGUCAUGUGUAUUUGGAAGGCAUGGAGGAAGCUUCCAUCUUUGUUCAUGUUGUAGUGAAUGACAUCACUAGUAAGGUUCGAGCAGUCAGUGGUAUAAAAGGACUGUUUCACAGAAACCCAAAGCAGGCAUCUCUCGACAGCCAUGCUGCUGCUCUGCUCAACCGUAAGACCACCUUCGGUGCUCACCUCCUGCGCCGCACAGCCAGUGCACCCACUAAGGGCCAACCCAAAGUCAAGAGGGGCUUCCCUGAGAUCUCCAUUGACACAAAAGAUUGCAGCUCGGAGGGUGCCAGUGAGGAGCGGGAAUCGGAAGAGGGGCCACUUGUCCACCACAACGGAGAUAGCGCAUCUGCAAAAUCAUGGGGUCACGGCACCAACGGGCAGCUUCACCCUGAUGACAGUAAAGUGCAAAACUGAGGGGCUGGCCAAUUACCAGAAAAUUCUGAAAUGCAGAGUCCAACUCCAUCUCUGAACACCUCAUGUCUGGAAUCCAUUACUGAGCUAUUUCAGGAGAACACUCCUUUGACAUCCACACAAAGUCCUGUGGAUACCUCACCACAUUGUCCCUCCACUACAUUGUCUUCA